CUCCAUCCUCUACAAAAGCCCCUCACCACCCUCAAAAUAUACCACCUCUCCUAUUCCUCUUCUCCCUUCACUCCCACCUCUCAACAACCAAGCUCCUUAAUUACUCAAACCUCGUACUCUACUUGUUAUUUUCUUUAUUUGUGUGAAAUUAAUUUGUUAGCAAUAUGCAAAUCCUAAGCUUCAAAUCCGAAAGAAGCAGAGCUUUCUGGACUACAUGUCUAGCCUCAGCUUUCCGAACAGCCUUAGCUUGUGCCAUAGUAGGCGGCAUCACUCUUUUCGGCCCCAUGUCAAUCCGAAGCCAGAUAACACUCCCUGCAUUUUCAUACGUCACGGUUAUCAUCAUCAUCGUUGAUGCCACCUUAGGCGACACUUUCAGAGGUUGCUGGUACGCUCUUUACGCGACAGUCCAAGGAGUCUGUCCAGCUAUUUUCUGCUUGUGGCUGCUCGGUCCAGCUCGUCUCACGACGCUGGUCACGUCUGUGUUGGUGGGGGGGAGUGCAUUCGUGGUGGUCUUGCCACAAAACACACAUGUGAUAGCCAAGAGAAUAGCUCUGGGACAGAUUGUGUUGGUGUAUGUUAUAGGCUAUAUUAAUGGUGUCAAUACUGAGCCUAUUAUGCAUCCUAUUCACGUCGCGACUAGUACAGCGAUUGGAGUCUUUGCUUGUGUCUUGGCCCUCUUGUUUCCUGUCCCAAAUUUGGCUUGCGUCGAGGUAAAGCGGAGUUGCAGACUAAUUGCAGAGAAUUAUUCAGAGAGGCUAAAUCUAAUGAUGAAGGCAUUCUUGGAAGAAGAUAAGAAAUCCGCUUUAGCAUUCAUGUCUCAAGCCAAGUCUAAGGCUACUAAAGGAACCAAACUUCUCCAUAGUAUCAUAUCCAAGCAAGAAAGCAUGCAGUGGGAGAGAUUCGGAAUCAAAUGCUUGGGACCUUAUUGUGCAACUCCAGGACAGAGACUUCAAGAGUUAGAAACACCAUUGAUGGGAAUGUCGAUUGCUUUAUCGAGCUGUCAGAAAUUUCCAAUGAAAUUGCUAAAUUUAGAGCUCAAAGAUGGUCUGCAUAAGCUAGAGGAGCACAUUGAUAUGAGCUUUACCCGGAUCAAGAACCGCCUUCCAUUUGAUUUAGCCACUGUUUCUGAAUCAAACACGGAUGAUGAAGUGGACGCCCUUCAAGCUUUACAAUCUGUACCAACAGAACAGAAAGAUUUGCCAUCUUUUUUCUUCUUAUUUUGUCUGAAACUCCUUCAAAAUAAAGUACUUGGUACCAAAAGAGAUGAUCCUCCCAACAAGUCAGCAAAAGUAGAUGAUUCACAAAACAAACAAAUUCAUCAAGGGAGCAUUUGUACCGGUGCUAAGAGAUUAAUGCCAGCCUUUAAGUGUGCACUUUCUCUAUUUCUUGCGGUGCUCUUUGGUUUAAUGUAUAGUAAAAAAGAUGGAUACUGGUCAGGUCUUCCUGUAGCUAUUACUUUCGCAGCAUCAAGAGAAGCAACGUUUAAGGUUGCUAAUCUCAAAGCUCAAGGGACUGUUCUUGGAACCGUGUAUGGUGUCCUGGGGUGCUUUCUUUUUGAAAGAUACGUAAAAUUAAGGUUCAUUUCUCUCUUUCCUUGGUUCGUUAUUACUGAACUUUUGAGGCGUAGUAAAAUGUAUGCCCAGGCCGGAGGAGUUUCAGCUGUCAUUGGAGCAGUACUUAUAUUGGGAAGAACAGGUUUUAGAUCUCCAAGUGAAUUUGCCAUAGCUAGAAUUGUUGAAACUUUUAUUGGAUUAUCCUGUUCUAUAUUGGUAAAUAUCAGUUUCCAACCUACAAGAGCUUCGACACUAGCUAAAACUCAACUCUCUGCAAGCCUCAAGUCCUUGCAUGAAUGUGUUGAGGGUAUCAAUCUAUCUUUUUCAAGCAUAACCAAGUUCCGAGAAAGCCAGAAGGGGCUUAAGUCUAGUGUAACAGAGCUAAGAAAACUCAUUGCAGAGGCUGAAGUGGAGCCAAACUUCUGGUUUCUGCCUUUUCAUGGUGCAGCCUACAACAAGGUCUUAAAAUCCCUAUCAAAGAUGGUGGAUGUAUUGCAUUUUGGAGCUGAAUCAAUCGAAUUCAUAGAGAAAGAACUGCAUGGACCACAUCAUGACCGCCACGUAGAGAUUAUGACAGAACUGGACAGUGAUAUUCAGGUCUUAAAGGAAAAGGUUGGAAAUUCAGUAAAAUGUUGUGAGGGAAUCACAAAGAUAAAAUCAGUGGCGGUUCUCGAAACGGAGAUUGAAAAGAAUGGCAUUGCCUGUGAUGUGGAGGCUGGAAAAGCAUCUAUUCCAAGUAUGUUCAUGUCUUCUGACUAUGAUUUGGAUAAUAAGAUUGAGAAGAUCUUAAGUUGUUACCUUGGAAAUGUUAAGAAGAUGAUUGACAGAGAUGAAAGGCAGGAGAAGAAGCAGAUGGUUCUGGGACUGAGUGGUCUGGCCUUUUGUAUGGGAAUUUUAGUUGCAGAAACAACAGAGGUUGAGAAGACAAUUGAAGAACUUGUGCAGUGGGAGAAUCCUUCUAGCCAUGUUAACUUGCAUGAUAUUUCUUUUAAAAUACAUGCUCUACAAAAUCUCUGAUAUAGAUUAGUGUUUAAAGUAUAUGUAAGGCAUAAUUUACAUGGAAAUGAAACAAAAUCUAGUUAUAAUAAUU